AUUGUCAAGUGAUUUUCAAGUUAUGUUGCUGUCUUGCUCUUGUUUACCGCCAUUUACCACUUGCCAGACAUAAACAUGUUUUCAAAGAGUGUAGUUGUGUGCUGCUUGCUGGCGAUCUCCGCUGCCACCGAUGUUUUACAAUGUCCUGGUGAAAAUACGGAAAAUCUGAAGGAGAACGUGCAACUAUCGCCAUGCAAGAAACCUCCUUGCAAAUUGAAAAAGGGAACCGAUCAGCACAUUACUAUUAAUUUCACUCCCAACGAGGACAUCGCUGAGUUGAAAAACCUUGUGGUAGCUGACGUGUUCGGUGUGAAAUUACCAUUCGUAGGCGUAGAUGGGAACAGUGUUUGCGACAAGAUUUUAACGGCGGACGGACAGAAGGCGCCAUGUCCACUCAAAGCCGGAGUAAAGUACACGUAUAAAGACUCAUUUCCCGUUCUCGAGUUAUAUCCCAAUAUAGAGGUCAAAGUUCACUGGGCCCUAAUCAGCGGUAAGAGCGAAAUUAUUUGUUUCGAAACGCCUGUUAAAAUAGUCUCUAAGAAGUGAGCUAAUUGUUAUGCAAUGGUUUUUUAAGUUCUCGGUAUGUAUACGCAGUUCUACAAUACGAUUAUAUAAGUUUUGUACUCGUUUUUAGUUUAUUAUGAAUAAAGAAAUUAACUUUAUUUUAA